AUGCUUUUUAAUGCUACAACUCUAUGCCAGAAAGCGUUGUUAAACAAAGAAGAGUAUCGUCCUGGAUCAUCAAGAGUCUUUAAAUGUUCAAAACGGAGAUUUUUAAAGUCAGUUGUGCAAUACACUACAAAUGGCAUCUCGACCUUCAACCCAACUCAUACAAAUAUUGAGCUGCUGAUUUCUGGUGAUGUAGAGCGAAACCCAGGUGAUGGCGUUGAUAAUUAUGAUGCUACACAAGUAAAGUUGCCGGAUAAAGGCCUAAGAAUUGGUCAAUGGAACGUUCAGCACUUAACAGACUCGAAGUUUGAACAGAUAAAUUUAAUUUUGAGUACAUGCAAUAACAUCGAUAUCUUAUUCUUAUUGGAAACAUUUCUUAAGCCUUCGAAGCCUGAUUCAGUGUAUAAUAUUCCUGGCUACAGUUUAUAUCGGAAAGAUAGACAUGGGGCGAAAGCUGGUGGUGGCUUAUUGAUGUAUGUUGCUGACAGAGUCAAAGCGAAAAGAAGAUACGAGCUCGAAGAUAACUUCGUCGAAUCAUUUUGGUUCAAUGUGUGCCCUCAUAACUCGAACAGACCAAUUUUAGUAGGGGCUCUUUACCGUCCACCCUCUGCAAAUGCAGACGCUGACUUAAAUAUCGAAAAUCAUAUUGAAUCAGUGUAUCUAAAGAGUAAAGAGAUAAUUUUGGUCGGUGAUUUCAACAUCAACUAUCUGGAUCAGAGUUAUUCUAAGCAUCGAUUAGCUAAGUUUUUUAAGGGUCUGAAUAUGUCUCAGCAUGUGAAAGUUGUUACAAGACCAGCUAGCGA